AUGGUUAACGACUACAAACCUACUCACGACCCAAACAUCGAUACGUUUAAAGUGCAAUAUCUGUUAGGCUCAAGCGCUGUUCUCGGUGUAAUAUUCCCGCCAAGAUAUGAAAUGGCUGAGAUCCUUUGGGCAUUCUCAAUCUGGUUGGAAUCCGUAGCAAUUCUUCCGCAGCUCUUCAUGCUACAGCGCACCGGAGAGGCAGAAACAAUUACGACGCAUUACCUUUUCGCACUGGGUAUUUACCGAGCACUAUAUAUUCCCAAUUGGAUAUAUCGAUAUUUCGCAGACGGCUUUUUCGAACCAAUUUCGGUCAUUGCUGGCAUUAUUCAGACUAUUCUCUAUUCGGACUUUUUCUGGAUUUACUAUACCAAUAUCUAA